UAUCAGAGGGAGAUUGGAAGGGGUAGAGGAAUUGAAUUGAGGAAGAUAUUUAAAACAAGGUAGCCAGCACAAAUAGAAUUAAAAGAAAGUAAAGGCAGGAAAUAUGAAAAAUGAUGCUUAGAAAAUGAGAGAUACCAAGUGAAUGAAAGCAACAGACAGAGAGAAGGCAAAGUAUAACGGCAGAUAAGGCAGUAAGGGCAACAAAUUUUAUUAACAGCCAGAGUUGUAAAUAUACCAAACAGAGGAAGGGAGGGAAAGAUAGUUGACAAAUGAGACAAACGCAUCAAAUAUGAGCAAGAGAAUUAAGUGAGGCAGAAACCUGAGAGAGAAAGAUAAGAAAUAACAGAGAUUGGAGAGACUGUGACAAUUAUUGAGAGACAGCACUAAGCUGAGAGAAAAAGACGAGAGAUCAAAGAAACUAAGAGUAUUGAGAAAGGGUACUUUUUGUGAAAGUGCCAAGGAAUUAUUGGCUAGAGGAGCAAGCCAUAAUAAGAGUGGGGUGAGACAGAGAGGCGCAGGGAAAUAACGAGGCUAAAGCAGUAGAUAGAGUUUGGGUGAGCACACAAGCCAACCAAGGUUAGCGGGGCAGCACGAUGUGGGCAAACUGGAACCUCCGUCAGAAUUUUCAACUGGAUAAUCCAGAUCGAAAAGGUUCUCUUACUCUCCGCUCGAAUUAUAAGAAAUACAGCAGGCCCGUGUUAGUCUGCAACUGGUAUCAGCACAGAGAAGCAGAACCUAAGGAUUAUGAUAUGGAUGCUAUCCCAGAAGGAUAUUGGAAAAACUUACACCGCUCAACGUACAAACGGUUUAUAAGUGUUCCCCCAGGAGACUGGAGCACCACGUCCGAGGCAUUCAUGUCUCAAAUUAGUUUUAAGGACGAUUAUCGACUCAGGGAAAAAAUGCCAUUAAUGGAUCAGAAAACAGCGGCAAAAGAACUUCGUAAGAGAACAUCCGGCGGCCUCAAUACAAAGGCAAAUGCAGCUCUACCAAGGCAUCCUCCAGACCAUUCAAAACUGUAUGCAGAGACAACCUAUAAUUAUGAUUUUAUGCCUCCGCUCAAUUUUAUUCCGGCUCCAGAUGAGGUUCCCAAGGAACCUGUUGAUUAUAGAAGAUGCCAUUCACAAUUUGUUGACACAGAUGAUUACCGUCGCCAUGGCCGGAACACCUGGAUGAAUGAGAGCGGAAUAUAUGCCAAUUCUGAACUCAGGAAAGUCCUCUUCCCUCCGUCCAACCCAAUAGCUACUCGUUUGAAGUAAAUCUGCAAUCUUCACCAUGAACCUUCACACUUGAAGAGGAGCACUUACUUUUAUUUGUGUAUUUGCGUGACAAUGCGUCUCAAUUUAUUCAUUGCUUUUGGCAAAUUUAUAAUACAGUUGACCAUUGUACUGAGAUUGUUUGUUAAGCAAAUAGCAAUGAAGGUAUAACCUACUGCUUCUUAAAUUGUUACAGUUGGUCAAAGUUGCACAGAAUGUGAUUUCCCCUUCCUCCACCGUCUUGCCUGGGGGCUUGGAAUGAAUGAGUUGUAUAACUGCCUGACCAACUAACAUUUAACCAGCUGAAUUUGUCAAAAGUCAAGUCAAGAUCAUCGUCAAAGACCAUAAACAGUUUGGAACAUUUCUUGCUUCAGUUGCUGUGAACAAUUGAGCAAAGGUUUGUUUGCAGAUUGCAGCAAUGCAUUAUAAACAGAGAAAAGUUCCAUACUGUUGGUUCAAACUAAAUGAAGUCUUUACAAUUGAAAUUCCAUAAUCAAUAGAAUUGUGAUAAUUGAUCAACCUAUAUGUAGAUUGCAUACUUGACUGCAUUCAACAUUUUAAAAAUAUUUUACCCAUUGAUGCAUACUGUGAAAGAAAUAAGCAUGAAAGUAAUUUACAUUCUAUUGUACAGAAUUAAGAACAAAUGUGAAUGUAUGAGACUUCAAUUUAUAGAAUACAGAAUUGUUUGGAAACAGAGGCAGGUAUGUUAGACAGUCAAGUAAUCUCAUUAAUCCCAGUGUUGUUAUUCAGUGAUUAACUGACUGUGGGUCCAGUGGGUCUGUUUCUCUUCCAUUGCUAGGAUAUGGGCAUUCUGUAUCAACUCAACUUUUCCAAUGUACUACUGGAUAACCUCGCAUCUCACACCCUUUCUAAGCUUCAGCUUAUCCAAAAUUCUGCCUGCAUUGUAAAUGUGCAGGCUCCAUUCACCCAUCACCCAUUGUGUUCUAUGAAUUAUUGAGUUGGUUAAUCAAUGCUUUAGCUUUAAAAUUGUCAUUCCAACUCUCCAUUUCUGUCAUCAUUCUUAACCCCAUUCCAAUCUAUUUUUUUCUGCACUUAUUCAACUCUGGCCUUUUAAGCAUCCCCAAUUUUAAUUGCUCCCAUCAUUGGCAUCCCUGCCUAUAGCUGUGUGGACCCUAAGCUUUGGUCUACCCUUAGGAAACCUCUCCAUCUUUCUCUCCUUCGUAAAACACUCUUUAAAAUUGUAACUGUUUGACAAAGCCUUUGUUUCCUUAGGAUCUUUUAAAAAAUUGUAGGUGUUUGAUAGGAUGGAUGUAUGCUUCCACUUAUUAGAAUAAUGAGAGAAUAUUAAUAUAAGAUUGUUACCAAUAAACCCAACAGAGAGUGCUGAGAAUCUGGACUCAUUAUCACAGGGAGUGGAUAUGAAUUUUACAGGAAGCUGUAUAAACACUUAAGCCAGUAAGGAAUAGAAAGAUAUGCUGAUAGGGUGAGAUGAGGAGAGGUGAAAGGAGAUCACUUGGGCUGAGUGGCCUGUUUCUGUGCUGUAGAAUCUGUGUAACUCCAUGUAACGUAUUUGUGAUGAGAGCUGAAGUUCAUUACUUACAGCUAUAACACAUUGUGGGAAGUCUCUUAUGAAUUGUGCAACCUCGUGAAGACAGCUUGAGACAUUGCUUCAGCAUUAAGGCUGCUAAGAAGUGCUAAGGUUAUCAGUGGCUUCAAUGCUGGAAGCUAUCAUGACUUGAGGGGAUAUUUUGAUUAAUAUAACUUUUGGAGGUAUUCAUCUCAUGGAAAAUGUU